AUGGGUCGCCAGCCUCGUCAGCGUCCUGUGUCUUGCAAUUUCUGCCGUGUGCGCAAGUUGCGCUGCAGUAGAGAAUUUCCGUGUUCCAAUUGCACAAGCCGCGGAGUUCAAUGCCAGGCUCAAGACCCACCCCGGGCAUCGGGCCCGUCUUCACGGCCGGUUUCUAAACGUGCAGGCGGAAGUGUAAGCGGAGGCGGAGGCGGAGGCGGAAGUGGAGGAACAUCUUCUACGGGAAAAGAGGCGGACAUUCUCUCACGAUUGGAGAGGCUGGAAGCUCUUCUCGCAGAACGAACCAAAGAGACUGACUCUAACUCUAACUCGAACUCGAACUCGAACUCUCGAACAAUAUCAUCAGCCCCUUCGAGUGUAGAAGGCAGUGAUGUUGCUUCCCGGACACAGCUGGAGCCUCUAAAACCUUUGCCAAUCAAUGUUCAGAACUUGACGGCUGAUGCUCUUUGGCUCGAGAGUUCAUGCCUUGGCCCAAAGCCAUCAGAAUCCGUAUUGGUUGACAACAUUGUUUUCCGCAUAUGUCCUAUACGCUCAAUUGCACAACCGUCAUGUUACAUCUUUCAAAACUCAAGUGUUCCCUCAGGUUUCCUGUCUCUGGAACCAACAAGGUGCAUCUGGUUGCCUCAACGACAUGAAACCAAGGUUUUGCUUCACAAGUACACCUCGGUCAUCACUUUUAUGCAUCAUAUUGUGCACAAUCCAAGCCUGUAUAAACUCGUCGAUGAGGUCUACGAUGCCGUUGAAAAGGGGACACAAGUUUCGUUGUGCUCGGUUCUCCUGAUGCUUGCAGUCUGCACCAAUGUCACAUACGCAUGGACAGCAGUAGACAACAACAUGACACCUCUCUUCUCUGAUUAUAAAGAGGCAAACAACCAAUCAUUUGGAUGGCUCAAAUCAACUUUUGAUGUAUUCGAUGCAUCGCAGCGGAGGUCGGAGAUAGGUCUCGAGUUGGCUCAGGGUCUCAUCAUCGUGUGUUUCGUCCUGUUGAACGUGGAAGGAGUUUCCUCCCGAGCUCGAAGCUGUUUCUUCAAUUCCAUCACUAUUUGCCGUGAGCUCGGACUGCACCGUCUGGAUCACCCUCACAACCCGCCCUCGGUGCAAAUACCCCCGCUCAGUCCUCUCAAAAUGGAGACUGCUCGGCGAGUUUGGUGGUACCUCGUGGGUACAGAUGCCAUGAUAUCUCGAUUCCCAGGGCCGCAUGAAGGCACCUACCUGAUCAAUCCAAGGCAAAUGAAUGUCAGAAAACCUCUGAAUGCCGACGAUGAGGAUCUUGUAGAAGGACAAGAGUUGAGGUUACGUCUCGCUGAGGUCCUCCGCAACUUCACUGACCGAGUACCUCUCGCAAAUUCCUCAAAUCCAGAUGUCCACUCAUACGACCUUGUUUUGGAAGUUGAUGCGGCCAUCGAGCAAUUCAUCGAAGAUCUGCCUCCAUUCCUCAAGUUUAAUACGGAUUACCUACAGCAGCUCCCUGCUACAGAAACUCGUAAAAGACCAGGGCUGAUUAUUCAGCGUCAUAUCAUGAAUGUCUUUGUUCAUGGCCAAAGAUGCAAACUUCAUCUCCCAUAUCUAGCCCGUGGCGCAGUCGAGUCUACGUACGCUCGCUCCCGGCGCGUGUGUCUUGAUUCGGCGCGCAUGGUCAUACAAACAGAACACCAGCUCGAGAAGGAAGCUACAACUUUUAACUCGACACGGCUCAGGACAUGUUUAGUAUUGCAUAGUGUAUUCAUCGCCAGCAUUGUUCUUAUCUUGGACUUCUGCCUAGGCGCCGAUGCCGACGAGAAAGAACGAAGACGAGAUGACUUAUUGGAAGCAUGGGACAUAUUGGAAGCGGCCAAAGAAAUCUCUAGACCUACGGCUCGCAUACAAGAUCUAUUGACACAGGUGAUGAAGAAGCAUAAAGUGACACUGCCAAUGGGCAAAGAGAGGCAGAGACCGGUGGAAUGUGAAAAUCUUCCACCUACACCAAGCUCGUCAACUGCCAUGUUGUCUAAUGGCACGACACCAAAUGAUCCCAUAGCAUCUGUCCAAGAGUUGAGCGAAAUGGGAUUGAAUAUGGACUUGGAGGGAAUGGAUUGGGAGAACUUACUUUGGGGUUUAGAGGCUCCUUUAUUCUGA